AUGAAGAGAAUCCAGCAGCUCGGGCAACAACUACUCACCUCUGACAAGAAAGAAACCAUGGUUUCGGGUGUCACUCUCAACGAGAACGGCAUCCCGCCCUUCGAGUCCCUCCCUCUCGGAAAAGAUGACCCCAGAUACUCCGCCUGGGGUCUGUACGGCGACAAGGACGAGUUGGGAUCUCUGAACAGACUGACAGACGAGCGAGUCGCCGCGGCAGCCAGGUCCGAGAUCAAGACGGGGGCGAGAGUAUCUCUCAACUGGUCCCUCACUGCGCAGCCUGAGCCCUUCUUCGCCCGCCAGGCCUUCCGCCACGACAUCAUCCCCAAGCCCCCGUUCUUCGCCAACGACGACAUCUGGACCUUCAACUCGCAGUCCUCGUCGCAAUGGGACGGCCUGCGUCACUGCGGCUACCAGAACGAGAAGAAGUUCUACAACGGCGUGACCAUGGAGCAGGUCCACGCUGUUGACGGCGAGGGCAAGAAGUCCGACGUGCUCGGUAUUCAGGCCUGGCAAAAACACGGCAUCGUCGGCCGCGGCGUCCUCGUCGACUACCAUAGCUGGCGUCUGUCGCAAAACAAACCUUACGACCCCUUCGCCCACGACUCCAUUCCAGCCUCGGACCUCAAAGCCUGCCUCAAAGCGCAGGGUACAGAGGUGAGAUUCGGUGACAUCCUCUUCACCCGUACAGGCUUCAUGGCAGCCCACGCCACCAAGACCCCCGCAGAUCUCCAAACCUACCGCGUUGCCGAGCCCCAAGUCUUCAGCGGGGUCGCUCAGUCCGAGGAGACGAUCCGCUGGGUCUGGGAGAACUUCUCCGCCGUUGCGGGCGAUCAACCGACGUUCGAGUGCUGGCCCCGCCGGGAUCCGCAGUACUGGAUGCACGAGAUCUUCCUCGGCGGCUGGGGCAUGCCCAUCGGCGAGUUAUUCGACCUCGAGGCUUUGGCCGAAAAAUGCAAGCAGGAGAAUAGAUGGAGUUUCUUCGUAUCGAGCGAGCCGUGCCAUGUUCCCGGUGGCGUCGCCAGCCCUCCAAACAUUCUUGCGAUAUUCUGA